AUGGCCGACGCUGCUGGCGCUGAAGAUGCCACUGUGACCUUCCACGUCAAGUCCUCGGGGAGCCAGAAAUGGACACUGACCGUGCCUCUGUCGACCACAGCGCUCGAGCUAAAGGGCAAACUCGCCUCUGAAGAAUACGCCAAUGUUCCAGCAUCAGCUCAGCGGCUGAUCUACAGCGGAAAGGUGCUGAAAGACCACGAAACCCUCGCUUCUCAUGGUGUAAAAGAUGGCAAUACGAUGCAUCUGGUCAAGAGCGCUCCCAGCAAUCAGAGACAGAAUCCGGCCGCACAAUCCUCUUCGACCUCGACCGCUACCUCGGGACCUGCACCACAAGUCGCAACGGGAGUGCCUCAAAACCUGGCAGCAGGCACUGGGAAUGAUCCUCUGGCCGGUUUGACAGGUGCCCGGUACGCGGGAUUUGCGCAGUUGCCCAACGCCAGCAUGUUCCAAGAAAACCUCACACCUGACGACUUCCUGCGCCAGUUGGAUAACCCCCAUUUCCAGCAGAUGAUGCGUGAAGCCAUGGGCAACCCCCAAGUCCAAGACAUGAUCAUCAACCAGAAUCCACAUCUUAGAGCGAUGGGGCCCCAGGCAAGACAAAUGCUCAAUUCUGACUACUUCAGAUCCAUGAUGACGAACCCUCAAAUGCUUCGAAACAUGAUGCAGAUGCAGCAACAGAUGGGUAUGGGUCCUUUCGGUGGUGCGGGUGGGCAGGAGGCCUUUCCUGCACCCGGCGUCACCAACACAACGGAACAGGGCACUCCUGGUGGCACUCCUCAAAAUGUACCCAGCAACCCACUGGGGCUGCCAAUGCAGGGUCGGGGUGGCACCGGAGACACAGCCGAAAGGGCGGCAGAGCAGGCCGAACACAUGCUGUCCGUUCUAAAUCAAAUGAGAGACGCGACUCGGGCCCUUGCCGACGCCUAUGGCGUCCCCAACACCGCUACGACAGGAGCUCAAGGUGGAGAAGCUGGGUCCAAUAACCAAGGAGCCGGUGCACAACAGCCGCAAGCCGCCGGGAACAUGGCAAACCAGACGCAGCAGCGUAUGAACCCGUUCAUGGCCCUGUUUGGUGACCCAGCCAGAAACCCCAGCAGCACCUCACCACCGCCAUCAAACCCUUUCAAUCCACAGCAGAACCCAUUUCUCCAGAACCCCGGAGCACUGCAACAAUUUCUAGAGGACAUGAAUGCUGCCCGAGGCGGCGGCGGCGGCGGCCAGGCUCCGGACUAUGGCGACCUGUUUAACCUCCUGGGUGGUGCGGGCCGACCAAUGUCACCCCCAGACACCCGACCACCUGAGGAGCGAUAUGCGCAGCAACUGCAGCAAUUGAAUGAGAUGGGGUUCUAUGAUUUUGACCGGAAUGUUCAGGCACUGCGAAGAACUGGGGGCAAUGUGAACGGCGCAAUAGAAUACCUGCUCAGUCACCCUGCAGACUAA